UGCGGUUCAUAAGUCGCACACAUGAUCAUCGGGCAGCUGAUUCAAAGUAUGGCGAACAGCGAAUGCGCAUAUGCUCUCGUACAAUAAAUUUUGACCUGUCUUUCACAUCUUUGGAAAAAUAAUCAGAUGCGCACAGUUUUACUCUUUAUUGAUUGCCCAGUGUGCCCGAUCUAUUGAUGGCGCAACAGGGAAAUCAUCUCACCUGGCCUGGCUACAUAAGACAUGAUUACGUAGUGAAGGAGAAAGGAGCGCAAGCGUUCCAUUCCCCGCUGUCUAAACCUUAUCAGUGUUGGAUACGGAGACUUGACGGGUGCAGCCGCAUUUAACAGAGCCCGAUUGUGCAAAAUCAGUCCACUGUGCUCAUUUGACAUUUGGCAACCUCAGCAACCAAAAACCUAAUUUCUCAUGCAUUAAAUUUCCACUAUGAGAGGAGAGCAUCCUUCAGUUUUUCCCACCUAAUGAAUGUAGAAUUAUCCGUGCAGGAUUUGGCCAUUUCCGGUUGCGGUAGCGUACCCUUCUUUGGCCUGGGUGGACGGGAGUUUUAAUUACCCAUAAUGUUGGAAUAACGUGUAUCGACGUGAUUUUUGUCUUCUCUCUCCUGUUUCCCGAUUCUCCUUCUCUCCUGCCUAUCUUCCAGCGAACCCUUGCCCUCUUCUUCCCCUUGGACCCCCGUGGUCAAUAUCGGCAGUGUGGGUCUCGGUACGACAGGGAUUUAUCCGUGGCUGCGUAUGGUGGGGCGCUGGUGUGUUAUAUGUGUGAGCAGAGCGACGCGGUUGACAGGGGCGUUGAAGACGCGUACGGGUUGGCUGUGUGUGGUGUGGGGAGAGUUGACAGAUGAACGGUCUUAGUUGGGGCCAUUCCACCUCAUCGGGAUUUGGAUCGUUUGUCAGUGGUGCUGGUCUUGCUGUCGGGAUGAGUAACGUGGGAGCCAAGUCGUCGGCCAGUGCGGCCACGGGGAAUGCCAGUGGGACGUUCGGAAACAUAAGGAUAACGACCAAAGAUGGUUCAAAAAUCCAUACUGUGAUGGCCACCCGGGGCAAGGCGCUCCCGGGCGGAAAUGAUCAGGAAUAUGUGGAGGUGUCCUAUUCGGAUUUGAAAGUCAUUGGCAAUGGAUCCUUUGGCGUGGUGUAUCAGGCCCGUCUGAUGGAGACCAACGAGCUGGUGGCCAUCAAGAAGGUUCUCCAGGAUAAGCGAUUCAAAAACCGAGAAUUACAGAUCAUGCGCCAGUUGGACCACUGCAAUAUUGUACAAUUGAAGUAUUUUUUCUUCUCACAAUCGGAUAAAGAUGAAGUCUACUUGAAUUUACUAUUGGAAUUUAUUCCCGAGACGGUCUACCGCGUAGCCCGCCAUUAUAAUAAGCAGAAGCAGCAGAUUCCCAUCAUCUACGUCAAGUUGUACAUGUAUCAGCUGUUCCGCGCACUGGCCUACAUCCACAAUCUGGGCAUUUGCCAUCGGGAUAUCAAGCCGCAGAAUCUGCUGCUCGAUCCGGAAACUGCCGUUUUGAAAUUGUGUGAUUUUGGCAGCGCCAAGCAUCUGGUGCGAGGAGAGCCCAAUGUGUCGUACAUUUGUUCCCGCUAUUACCGGGCCCCGGAGCUGAUCUUCGGCGCCAACGACUACAUGUGCAUGAUCGACAUAUGGUCAGCGGGAUGCGUGAUGGCCGAGCUGAUGCUGGGCCAGCCCAUUUUCCCGGGUGAUAGCGGUGUGGAUCAGUUAGUGGAGAUUAUCAAGGUGCUGGGCACGCCCAGUCGCGAGCAGAUCCGCGAGAUGAACCCCAAUUAUACGGAGUUCAAAUUCCCUCAGAUCAAGCCUCAUCCCUGGAACAAGGUGUUCCGUCCUCGAACACCUUCAGAGGCGUUGGAUUUAGUGAGUAAACUGUUGGAGUACACUCCAUCCAGUCGACUCUCCCCGCUGCAGGCCUGUGCUCAUGCGUUCUUCGAUGAUAUGCGUGAUCCCAGCACAAUGCUGCCCAACGGUCGGGAACUGCCUCCUUUAUUCAACUUUACGGAAGAAGAGUUCGCAAUACAGCCGGACUUGCGUGACAGUCUGGUGCCGCCGCGUCUACGGGAGCAUCUCCUUAACCGUUCAGCGUCAGCCAACGCUGGAUUCCAGCCCGGUGUACCCAGCCCCGACAGGGUGCGUAUAAACGGGAAAAAAUAGCCAUCCGGGAAAGAAUAAAGAUCAAGGCGACGAGGCCAAAUGAAGCGCAGAGAAAGAGAGAGGCUAACCAGACACAUAACGUGUUUCUUAACCCAGCGUUAUUGCUUUAGUUUGUACCGUUUAGAUACAUACACACAACACACGCGCUCUUUUAUUUCAAAUCCACAUUUGUUUGUGUUUACGAGUCAUGAUCAUUUUCGGGGGAGAUGGAGAAAGGUCGACCGUCGUGCGCUCGGCCAUGGGCGGUGACGUUUUUGGUUUUCUUCUUUUUUUGAUUUCUGUUCUGCAUCUCUCUCGUGUGUCUCCGCACAUCCGUUGUCACCUGCAGCGCGGAGGAGAGUGUGCGCGUCGAUGCGUUCUAAAAUUGAUUUUGUGUAUAAGGAAUUUGUUGUUCUGUUGCUGGCGAAGGAGCCACGAUAUGGGCUGCCGGCGUCAGUGCAGUGUGGUCACCCAAAUGAAUUGGAGACGUGGA